GCCUGGAAGCAGCGUGUGAUGCGGUAGCUUGAUUUAGGAUUUUCUGGUAAAGUUACUUGUCUGGCUCCGGGGACUUGGAUUCCCCAAUCGCUUGCACCUUUAUACAGAGAUUCGAAUCUCUCAACACAUACGGACUCAUCAUGGCGACCCUCACAAGGGCCGAUCCUCAUCGCGCAAACCUCUUCCACAGCAUGUACGGCUAUAGUGGUCCAAGCAUUGCGCUUCCACCGCCCGUGCUACUGACGAGUACCUGGUGGGACGAGCAAAAAAUCCAGGAAACCACAACCCCACGGUUAAUCCGUCAAGCACUACACUCCCCCUCUUCGAAAAGGCGCCUCGACGAGCAGUUAAAAUUCGGCGAGGCAUUAACAGAGAGCACGUACCUGGAGUGGAUACUCCAAUAUGCAAGGAAAUUCUUCUUGAUCUUGGUUGAGUUGAAUUGCGCAGAGAUGAUUUUCGAAAUCAUAGAUGGGUCUUGGGGUGAUGACGAUUUGCCACUUACCUUGCAGACGGUGGAGAAGUUGGGACUGGGCAGCGCAGGGGUAGAAAGGCGGUUUGCAAAGAAGCAGUAUGCGUAUUUGGUUCGGGAGUUGGUGCCCGGUGAAACGACUGAGUAUUUGGACGAAGAGGUGGUUCCUCUCGAGGUCAUUUCUCGGAGGGUAUCGACUGCGUCCGGUGGGACUGCAAAGGGUGGGCUGGUCGAGAAGGUUUAUUUUCCAAGGCAGCGGGAGGUGUGUUACUCCCGCCGACGGGUACCGCUAAGCCGGGAUGGAGUUGAAGACGGCGGAGCAGGGGGGAAUAAAAUUUCACCCGCUUCCUUCAUCGCGGAAAUCUCCCGUCUUGGGUCGAUCGAUCAUGCUCACAUAGUUUCUGUAUACACCUCUUACACGCAAGAUGACUACGGGUAUUUGGUCUUUUCACCGUGCAUCGACUUGACGUUAAGGUCGUUCCUUCAUUCCACGCCCCCAGCUUGGAAAUCCCAACCAAAAGACAAGCGCCGGCUGAUAAUCUUCAACUGGCUACACUGUCUGGCAGACGCGCUCGCAUACUUGCAUGAGAAGGGCAUUUCCCACGGCGACAUCAAACCUUCCUCGCUCAUUAUUGAAGCAACUACCUACAAAAUCUUCUUUGCGGACACCGGGGAUUCGAAGCGCCUCGAUUCCUCACCGGCAAGCACCAGUCCAUCAUCCUUUCUCUCCCGUCAAUUCCAUACAGCACCGGUGUCGGCAGACGUGGAGGCUUAUGAAUACGGCGCACCAGAGCUUUGGCAGCGGGUACUGACGCCCCACGAAUCCUCGCCGCCACCAACGAACACCGUAUUUUCCGGCCGAUCUUAUAGAAAAGCGUCAACCCAGAGCGCCAAUUCCAACUCUUCCGAAGAGGCACCCUCCCCGUCGUCAACAAACAUCUCCGUCGGUCACUGGUCAUCUACCACCCCUGCCCACCCCACUACGUCUGAUGUGUUCUCAUUAGGAUGCAUAUACCUGGACAUCCUAUCAUUCAAACAAAAGCGCAAACCUACAGCGUUCAUCUCCCACCGAUCCGCCAAGAAUCGGCGGCCUCGAGAAUCCGGCCCACCGGACGCUUCGUUCCACGCUAAUCUCGGACAGGUCGAUGGCUGGAUCGGCGGGCUUCUCAAAGAGACGAAGAAGAAGCCUGACGAAGCACUUGUCGAAGCGCUAGCCAUUACCCGGAGGAUGCUAUCGCGAGAUCCAGAAGCCCGCCCGGGCGGGCGAAGGGUCGUGGAUGAGUGCUAUGCCGUAGUUAAAGAUGUGUGCAAAGGUGCUGAGGUGCCGUGUUGCGGGGCGCAUAACGUUGUUAGCGGUAAUGCUGAAGGGGGGGUUUUUGGGGGAUGGGGGGCCGAGAACUUGGCGCUCAGAGCACAGGCUUCGAGGAGUAGCUCUGCGAGCGACGGGCCGUUGUCUAAAAGGAGCACUGUCUGGACUACGGCGAGUGGGAGUUCGGGGUCGAUGGGGAGCCGGGGAAGGAUGGCUAUCUGAGGUGCUUUCUGCGUUCUUUACUCGAAGGUGUUUAUACGUUGGUGUUUUGUACUUGGGAUGUUUCCGCUUUUGCUUUUGCCCUCGCUUUUGCCCUUAGCUUUCCUCUACACCUGCUACUACUACUUUUCCCUGAUCUUUAGCAUGACCGGAGUUUUCAUUUCCUUUGGUUGGGUGGCUGGGUUCCUACUUUUCGGUGGUCUCCUACUUUUUUCUUCUUUCCUUUAACCGAUUUCCAUCCUGAAAUGCUAGUCCUGGAGCGAAUACGAUUUCUUAAAUAGGCAUAUUAGCUAGUACUGAGUAUAAACCAUUCCGCAUAACCAAUUUCAUACCCGCAUAUCAGCCCAUCUCUUCCUUUUCCACAACGUUAUCCGGCCCAUUACUCUAACGACACGGUACCCACAACGCACGACGUACAGUACUGUACCCCACCACCCCUUCCCCACGUUUCAAUUCUUCUCGCUUUUGCUUUUUUGAAAACCGUUACUACAUGGGCCGUCGGCGCCGAUUCGUGGCGUUCAAUUCUGCACUACCGGCACGCCGCCGCCGCGGGUGAUUUUUCGUGCUGCCGAAUGACCAAGAGAUGGAGUCUGAUCGAGGCGGAGCACCGCACCGUACGCAGGAUCAUAGAAUUGUAUCCAGGGAUGCGCCGGGGUGUCAGUAAACGCCGGUUAUACUACCGUAGUACUAGUACUCUACUGUGCGAUAGGUUCAGGGCGGGAAGUGCCGUAGUUUCAGACGCGGGAUAUUGGCGGGGCGAGUCCGCCUCAGGGUUUGGUAUACUCGAGUAGCACGUACCGUAUGAUACUUGCAAGGACGGAUGCACCGGCGGUAACGAAUCGUGGUGGGGAAGGUUUUCCCGAGGGGGUUCCUGAUCCGGUGAUUAACGGGGUUUCGUUUGGGUUCCUGGAAUGUGGAGGGCGUAUACCGUACACGUACACCGUACCGUACGGUACUGUACCUCGCGUAUGGAUGAUGGGCGGUGUCAGUUUGCGUGGCUGAUACGCGGAGCCGGUGAAGCUUGUUUGUAAAUGGGGGAUUUGUGCAUCGUCAUGUGCGAAUUGCGGUCGGGGGGGUAGUUUUGCGAUGAGGCGGGACAAGUGCCGAAUGUUCGGGUUUUGGGCGUACUGUACUGUACUGUACUGUGCUAAAUUUAUCUGCGCAGAUAUUCCGGAAAAUCUGCUGUGAAAAGAAAAAAAAUGUAAAUUUUUUUACCAUCUUUGGGGUUUGAUAGAAAGUUUUAUUUAUUUCCGGAUUUCUGGCCGCUGGUAGUGCAGAGCUGGGCGCUCAUGAACUAUAGUAGGUAGUCUAUGGAGGUCCGUCCCGGUGCGUCUUUCCUGGACCGAAGAAAUCCUUAGUCUUGGCAGGUGACGGGCCUUGCUGGAGGGAACUCUCGACACCCCGCUACUUCGAGAGAAUGGGGGGGGGGGAGAAAUAUCGGACUUUUGUGUGAUAUCCGCGUGCACUUGAGCGGAUUAAUUUUUUGAAUUAUUUCUGUAUCAUACCGUUUCCUCCCAUGGCGGUUGGGUGAUGAUAUCAUAGCCCCAGAAACCCCGAUUUUAGUGUGUUUUUGACGGAGGCCUAGGGGGAAGACACGGUGCUGGGGCUGAUUCUGGAAGUCACGGGAGUAUGGUGGGUCGUCUGGGAGCGUGGUGGAUCGACAUGGGGCUUGAAUUGUUAUUGGAGUGGGUUCUCCGGAC